AGUCCUUCACGCACCUUGUUCAUAACCCUCACGGCUUGAGCACCUCUGCACCGAGGCAAAGGCGAUGAGAGCAUGUCCUUAGCGCGCGCAAUCCGAUUCACGCAGCGCCGCAGCUUCAUAUCCUCCCUCUUCGGGGCCACAUUCUUUGGGACGAUCGUCACCGUCGCCGCGAGCAGCAUCCUCCCAUGCCCCGUCGGCGCUGACGGCCAGAGGCGCUACGCGGACGCGGACACCUUCCCCUCAGGCCGCGCCGUCAUCCACAAGCGGCCCACGCGGAAAUGGAUCGAGGAGAAGAUCCCCGGGCAGAAUGUCUAGCACCAUACUUCUAUCUCACCGGACAUAGCUCUGGAGAAUAAUAUAACAUACUGCGCGAUGCAUGCGUGUAUGUAACGCUACACUGCGAACGACGGAAUCCCCACUCCCACCGAACAAUCGGACAGCCAAUAAGCGGUCUGCGCUUAGGAGGACACUGGUAAGGUUAAGUCUGAUUCUAUUGACACAGUGUGUCCUCGUCUACGGAGGUCCAUGGUAUAGUAUGUAUUGCUGCGAUGUGCUGGUGGGUGCGAACGGUAGUAAUAUACACAUGGGGGGACAUUCAAUAAGUGAGUUACUCUGCACGCGUUAAGCGUCAUGGCCGUCCCUCUCCUCCUGCUCCCUUUGAUUCCGAUAGUGUUGUUCCUGCUCCUCGUGCGUUCCGGGUAGGGCGUUCUCCUGGAUCGGGACGCAGCUCAAGAAAGCGAUGAUGCACAUCACCAGCUGGAAGACGAAGACGACGCGUAAGGCGUCGCCGUACGACCUCACAGCGGCCUCCUUCGUCAGAGGAUCGAGGUCCCGG